CUUCCGGUAUACGGGUACACGCGGCUUAGGUCGCUGCUCUAAUCCAAUCCCCGGAUGGAAUGCGGGCGGGGGAGGCCGCUGAUAAGGUGGAGAGUAAUGGCGUCUUAUUCCUCCAUCGGAAUGUUCACUACUUUCGUCUCCCACUUUCGUCUCCCCCUUCCACCCCACUGCUGCGUGCGUCUCCAGUUGUGCGCGAACUGUCCACAAAGCUUGGUGGCGACACACUUCAUUCAUACUCAAACACAGCGGCCGGUCUGAUUGGUCGGCCCAUAUCAACGGCAUCGUCGAUGAAUUCAUUAUCAAAUACAACCGGUCGACGAUCAAUAAAUGUGCCUUCUUCAACAUUAUUGCGGCUCCUUCUCCUGCAGCGAUACAAAGCCAGGACACAGACAGUUAUCAGCACCAGUGCGCCUGAUAGCACUACACCAGGCAGCACGUGACUCUUGUAUGAGCUUUCAUCACUCUGUUGUCCCGAGGCCAUCAAGAAAUACAACGUUGGCAUAAAGUGUGUGACAAUCACUCCUGAUGAGGCACGAGUGGAAGAAUUCAAACUGAAGCAAAUGUGGAAGAGUCCAAACUGUACGACUCGUAAUAUUCUCUGAGGCACUGUGUUUCGUGAGCCUAUCGUGUGUCAGACAAUUCCGCGGAUCGUUGGCGGAUGGACGAAACCGAUAGCCAUUGGGCGUCAUGCCAUGGGUGACCAGUACAAAGCGACUGACGUUGUAUUCGAUCGACCUGGCAAGUUUGAGAUGUCGUUCACCCCAUCAGACGGCUCAAAGAAACAGUCAUGGCUUGUACAUAAGUUUGAAGGUGGAGGAGGAGUUGGAAUGGGAAUGUUUAAUACGGAUGUGUCAAUCACUGGAUUUGCCCACAGCUGCUUUCGGUAUGCACUCACAAAGAAGUGGCCUCUCAUUGUGAGCACAAAGAACACGAUUCUAAAGAAAUAUGACGGACGAUUCAAAGACACAUUCGAGAGCAUCUAUGAUUCAGACUACAAGAAGGAAUAUGAAGCAAACGACAUCUGGUUUGAGCACAGGCUGAUUGAUGAUAUGGGUAACGAGACCAGUACGAAUCCUGUUGCCAGCAUCUUUGCCUGGACGGGAGGACUUGCCCACAGAGCCAAACUGGAUGGAAAUACGGAUCUAGCGAGGUUUGCUGAGACUCUAGAACGUGUGUGUGUUGAGACAAUCGAUGGUGGUCAGAUGACCAAAGACCUGGCACUUUGUAUCAAAGGGUCUUUGUCAAAGGUGGAUCGAUCAGAUUACCUUAUAACUGGUGACUUCCUGCAAGCAAUCAAAGAGAACUUGGAGAGAGCACUUGCAAUGUAAUAUUUUUGUAGCCGUUGACGUAAAGGAGAGUGUAAUGCAUUUUGUGCUGUUCUAAGGAAUGAUUAUUUUAGCUAUUGUUUUAGCAAA